CUUUUCCACCUACGCGCGUACAGGAGCAACAGAGAAAUAACCCUUCGCUUAGCAUUGCCGCCAUCGCACCGGCGCUAUGUGGGACGACGAGGACAACAAUCCCUAUGGAUCCUUUGCCCGCCAUGAUUCCAACGCUUCAGAUAUCCCCGGCCUAGCCUCGCCCACUGCCCUUCCGUAUCGUCCCGCGACUCCACCUUCAGAGCCAUCGUCCCCCGCACUCGACUCGCCCGAGUAUAUCCCCCAGCGGGACAUGAGCGAUGUCGACUACAGUGAGGAUCGCGGAGAGAUUGCAAGCACGGGAGCGCCAAAGAAGGGUGGAUAUGAUGCGCGAGUGGAGCAAUGGCUGUAUGAGCACCGCGACCAGCUUAUCCUGAUUACGGGCGCGGGCAAGGAUGGAGUCAACUACAUACAGUACACCAUCAAUUGCGGCGGUCUCGAGGUCAAGCGCAGAUAUUCCGAGUUCGCAUCACUGCGCGCUGAGUUGGUCAGACUUCAUCCCACCCUUGUUGUACCGCCGAUUCCCGAGAAGCAUACCAUGGCCGACUAUGCCGCGAAACCAACAAAAGCAAAGGAAGAUGCCGGUAUUAUCGAGCUGCGAAAGCGCAUGCUCGCUGUCUUCCUGAACAGGUGCCGGAAGAUGAAGGACAUUCUUGAAGAUGGCGUGUUCUGGAGGUUCCUCGACCCCUACACCAGCUGGGCCGACGUACUCAACAGCCCACCUAUAUCCAGCAUUCCCAAACAGAUCCUCAAAGCACCCCCGCUAGACCCCGCGAACCCUACGCAAGCGCAUAGUUACCUCCCAGUCCCCUCAUCUUCCGCGAAACUCAAGUCUGGCGGCGCGACGUCUAGCUCUGGCACACCAGUGUCGCCUGCGAAUAACGCCGCCCUACCCUCAGCAGCCGCGCAUACCAUGCCAGGUCCCGCAAUUUUUGGUCGUUUCCCUCCCGAGACACGAGAUAUGGCAGAAGAAGAACUGGACCCAUACUUCGUCAGUUUUGAGAAUUCGUCGAAAGAUCUGGAGAACUUGCUACAGGGGCCCAUGGAAAAGGUGAACAGGCGGUUACUCAUGCAUCUCGGGAACUGGGGGGAAGACAUGGCCGAUUUGGGUGCUCGCUUCAACGCCUUCUCGCUAUCGGAACAGACACAAACACUUGCUGCGGCGAUAGAAAAGAUCGGGCAAGCAGUCGACUCGACGUAUAUCGCCACUACCGAACUCUCAUCCUCCCUUAGCGCGAGCUUCUCUGAGCCGAUGCGCGAAAGCGCGCAAUUUGCCGGUGUUGUGCGCUCCAUUCUUCGAUACAGGGUGCUCAAGAGGAUACAAGAGGACAUGACAAAGGACGAAUUGGAAAAGAAACGCAACCUGCUUGAAUCGCUAGAGCGGAGUGAAGCAGAGUCAAAACGGCUGGAACAACAUUUGAGUGGCGUUGGCAUGCCCUCACGAAGUCGUGCAGCGUCACACAGCUCACAACGCAGCAGCAGCGAUGCCGAUCAAUAUAGAAGAGAAGACGAUAGGGUGUCGAUCGACUCUGAUUUUCCCCCGACACAUGGCGAUCCACCGUCGAGCGCUCAAGGCGCUCCUGAUAGCUACUCACCACCAGCCAACGCGCACAAGAAGACGGCGAGUGGAAAUUUCGUGACCAACAAGCUAUUCGGAUCCAUCACGCAUGCGUUUAGAGGCAUGGCGGAUGUAGACCCCGAGAAGACACGGCGGGAUCAGAUUGGCAAGACGAGAGACAGUCUGGUGCAGCUCGAACAAGCACUAGGCGUUGCAGAGAAGGACACCAAGGACGCGAGCGUAGGUGUAAUGAAGGACUUGCGAAGAUUCCAGAGCGAAAAGGAAGAGGAUCUGCGACGGUACAUGAUGGAGUUUGCACAGUGCCACAUUGACUGGGCAAAACGCAACAAGGCGGCGUGGGAAGAGGCCCGCGCCGAAGUGGAAAACAUUGCCCCUCAGCCCGUGGAAGAAUACCCCAGGAGAUCAGACGAGUUUGAGGGCAGAGAGUAGCAGUAGUGGUAAUUGGGUAAUUGGCUAUGUUCACAGGCGUAGUGUGUGUGCAUCAACCACAAUAGCCUAUGUAUUCUUUUUUUUCCGUUUUCUUUUUGAGCUCGGCAUGGACUUGUCUUCUACUUUUUUUCUUCUUCGUCUUUUUUUUCUUACCUCUGGCAUGUGUAAAAUCAUCAUGUCAUUUGGUGAAGAAGGAGAGAGAGAAAAAAAAGGAAAUAAAGAAGACGUGGUCGAAACAGCUGUUGUUGUAGAAAGAGAGAGAGUAUAUAUGUGUGUGUGUAUGGAAUUC